CAUAAUUAAAAAAUAAAAAUAGGGAAGUGUAUUUACAGAGCUUGUCUAACACAAUAAUAUCUUUUGUGUUUUAAUCCUUUCUCUAAGGAUUAUUUAAUCCCUAAUCCUUAUUUUACUUCUAAAUGCUUUCCAGUAAAGAUAAGCUAAUGUUUAGGGAUGUUAUUGGUCACUGUCGUCUUCCAUUUUGUGCAGUUAGCAAUGCUGGAAUGGGGCUUAUUGGACCAAUUGAAUGCCAGACCAUCGAUGAAAUGAAAACGGUGAUGGAUACCAACUUCUUUGGACUGGUUCGACUCCUGAAGGAGAUUUUGCCUGACAUGAAGAGGAGAAAGAGCGGGCAUAUAGUUAUAAUAAGCAGUGUUAUGGGAAUACAAGGUAUCUUAUUUAAUGAUGUAUAUGCUGCAUCAAAGUUUGCGGUGGAAGGAUUUUGCGAAAGUUUAGCUAUACAAGCACUCAAGUUCAAACUGCAGUUAAGUCUGAUUGAACCAGGCCCAGUGAUAACAGAGUUUGAAAGAAAAGUGUUUGAAGAUGGAAUGAAAAUGGAUCUUUCAGCUGCAGAUGAGGAAACAGCUGAGAUGUUUACUAAUAUUUACCUUAAAAAUUACAAACAAAUUUUCCAGAGCCUGGGACAAAGCGCUGAGGAUGUUGCAGAGCAUACAGUAAAGAUAAUUCUUGCAGAAAACCCACCUUUUCGCCAUCAGACCAACACCUUGUACACUCCAAUGACAACUCUAAAAUACGCAGAUCCAAAUGGAGAUCUACCCAUUGAUAUAUUCUACAAAAUGGUUUUUCAUCAUGACAAAAUCUUCAGUGCAAGUCUUAACUUUAUCAAAUUGCUAAGGUGGAGAAGCAGAAAGAGCUUUGACCUGGGAAAACCCUCACAAUAAGCAUGAGAUUGUGUAAACUGGAACACUUGUUAGAGUUACUGUUUGGUUAAAUGUCUUUACUUAUGUUAUGCAAGCUCAAAGAUGUUAAUCUCAAUGCAUUUAUCUGAAACUUUAGUUUGCAGGACCUUAAAAUUAAAAUCCUCUUAACUAUAGGUUUAGU